AUGAAUAUACUUACUGAUCAGGUAGGUAAAUCGAGUAGACUAGCACAAUCAGGCGGUCUCAAGAGAAGUGCGGUGGGUUUGUUCACCCCUCCGUCGGGAGAUGUCGGCGGGGGUCGGAUAGGAUCGGGAGGCUGCGUCGCAGGGCGCGCGCGCGUACCCGGCCGCUUCGUCAUUGCGACGGAGGCUGUCGUGUGUCGGCGCUGGUCCGUGCGAGCGCUAGUCCGCACCGCAUCGUACCGCGAGACCUGGCCCGCGUGCCGCCGCGAACACGCCCUCGGAGCCCGGGAGAGCAGUGCCGCGUCGCGUUCUCCGCGGACCGUGCCGGUGAUCCGCUCAGUGCACGUGCUCAUUAUCUCGAGCUCACUUAAACGAAUACCGGAACCGGCGAUUGUGGCGCGAUGUAAAGAAGCCGCGACCGUGAAUCCAUGUGCGCAAGGCGGUGAGUGGAGGCACGUGCGGGCGAGAUGGCUGCGCCGGCCAGCUGAUAGCAUGCGGGCGGCGGCGCGCCUGCCCGCCCCGACUUAG